AUGGUCGUUGCCACUUCCUCAGACUUCACCACUGUGUGCAUUCCUCUGCCCCGCCGCGCAUGUCCGCCUUUGUUGGACCUGCUCGAGCACUGGAAUAACGAGGAAGCUGACGUGCUUUUUGAGAGCAGCUGCGAGCGUCCUUCAUCGCAUCAAGAUGACGCCGACAGAGAACCCCCGUUGUCGUUGGAACAGUACAAGCAAGAAGUGGUUAUGAGGCUGACUGGCCAGAUCACCUCCAAGCUGCGGUGCCUGCGGAGCAUGCUCAAGCACACUGAUCUGUCCUGGGAAAAGCACAAUGCACUGGAUCGCUUCGCUCUUGAGCUGGACGACACCCUCCGUGCUCUUCGCACAUCUGUAACGAUUCAUGUGACUGAGGAUGAUUCGGACGACAGUAGCGAAUUGGACUUGCACGACGCCAUCAACAUUGCCGUCAACGGAGCGGAGGUGAUUCCAACUCGUAACCUAGUCUCUUGCAGCACUAGCACUCCAAACCAGGAGUACGACUCUACGAAGGUUGCUACGACUGAGGGGGUCCAUCUCUGCAAGCCCGGUGCAUUCCACGAGGAAAGAACAGGCAACGUCAGGACUGGGUUCAAGGAACGGUGGCUAUCCUCUACUCCUCACCUUGCUCGACUUGAAGAAGGCCAAGCAAGGGAGCCAAGGGAGAGGGCGUUAAGAGGAUCCGCGACCCCUGGUAAACGCACCCUCAGGAUCGGAAGGGGAAGAUCUCGCACAGCCAAAUUCCACAAGGCGCUGCAGGAUGCCUCGCGGUUGCAUAUCUGA